AUGGUAUUAUACGGAGGAAGCUACGGAAAUAACAAAAUAGCCCAUUUUUCAAAGAGUUCAAUACUGGAGAAGGGAACGCAUUUGGUAAAUGUAAAAGAUGACAAGAGUUUAAAAGAGUACAGAUGGUGGAAUGGAUUGAUUAAGCCAAAGGAAACUUUUAAUGAAAAAAAGACGAAAGGUUUCCUAGUUGUGAAAUUAUUUUUAUAUGCAUACCUGAACAGAAUAAGCACAUACAGAUCAAAUAAAGAUCAUGAUUUGAUGUAUCCGUAUUUAAAAAUUUUGUUAAAUGAUGAAGAAAUUUAUAGGACCAAAGUUUUACAUAGCUCAUUAAACAUAUGGGAAGAAAAAAUAGACAUAGAAGUUCAUUAUGUUAAAAGUAAAAUAGAAAUUCAGCUAUACGAAUUGGAUGAAACUGAGGGGAUAGUAGAAGAUGAAUAUAUUGGCAGUGCAUUUAUCGAUGUUUCACAUUUACAAUUAUCAAAAAAAUAUGACAUAAUUAUUAAGUAUAUUAAUAAAGUAGGACACUUAGUGGAUCCAUAUUUUUACAAGAAAAAAACACAGGAUGAACAAAACAAGGGGAAUAAUAAGGUGGUCGAAUAUGGGGACGGAGGAAAUAAUAAUAUAUGCACGAAUUCAAUAAAUGAUUCUUCCGCACCACGCCUAGAAAAAUCUUCAAAAGACUACAGCAUUCGUAUUUUUGCAAAAUUAGUUAGUAAAAAAAACUACAACAACUUUGUUUUUAAGUUAAAUUGCAUAUCUUCGUUAAAUUAUUCCUAUGUUCACAAUAAAAACGAAAUAUUAGACAAAGAAUUGAAUGUAAAUAAGUUAUAUGAAGAGUUAAAAGCUAUAAAAGGAAAUAUUGAAACCAUUUGGUUACCCUUUUUUUCAAUUAUCUACAAUUUCGCCUCAUGGAAAACACCAUUAUAUUCCAUUUUUUUUGUGAUUUUCUUUUUUUUUUCCUUUUUUUUUUCCAAAUUUUUUUUUUCCUUUUUUUUAGUAGCAUUAAGUCUAAUUUUUUUCAUUUUAGUUUCUAUCAUUAGAGAAAGUGAUAAGUUAAAACGAAAUGGAGAAAUUCGUAUUUUGGGUAACACUGUUCGAUCACCAAACCUUCAUUCACAUACUCUCGAGGAGGAAAAAAAAAAUAAGUCUUUUACUUAUUGGAUGCAGGCUAAAACUUUUGGUGGAUACUGCCAGCCAAAAGAAUACUUAAAUGAAAGUACCUUGAAGGAUGAUGAUUAUUCAGGAAGCAUUUCUGAGCGCAAUGGGAGUUAUACUAGUUGUUCUUUAGAUGACGUAAGCACGGAAAAUUCGAGUCGAACUUCAUAUGAUUGUAGAAGUGACGCUAGAACCGGUUCCUCUCUGAGUGCCUACAGGGAUUGUAGUAGUGUCAGGGAGGUACAAAAAAAGGGGAGGCUCCAAGAAAAAGGAGGAAUAAAUGAAUCUGGUGACAAAAAAGGAAAAAGCAAAAUGCAUAUUGAGAAUUCUGAGCAAUCACAAGAGGGAAAAAACAGAAGCGAAAAUAAAGAGAACAAGAAGAACACCAAACAAAAUGUCAUAAAAAACGACAACAAAAAGGUGAAUAACAGCCUGAAGAAGACCCAAAACAAAAAUGAACCUAUGGAUAGCAAUACGACCAACAUGAGCGGAAGACUGAGUAAAGGUGGGAAGACGAUGAGACAAAGUAAUAACAACUUUAUGAGUGAAAUCAAUACUGAUGAUAAUAGUAGCAGUAUCAAUGUAACGGAAGAAGAAUAUAACAGUGAUCAAGAUGCAGAAAAUAACUUAAGUAUUAUUAAAACUUUUGUAUCAAAUGUAAUUGAUGAUGAUAUUAUUAACAAUGUAAAAUAUUUUCACUAUAUUUUAUUUUGCUUUAGCAAAUGGUCUCAAAUAUUAUUUUAUGUUUUACGAAAAUUUGGCUAUUUUUUAGUUGUCAUUACACUACUUUUAUGUUUCCUCAAUAUUUACUUUUACCCCCUUGUUGCCAAGUUCUUGAGAUUUUCCAUUUUUGUAAGUGGUUUCAUUUUGCUAACAUACAAUUUCAAGCCUACUAAUAUAUUUUACCGAUUUUUUAUAUGUAUUCAUGAGUAUUACUAUUGCGAUAUAAACAACACUAAGAUAGACAUUUUCUCAGUAUCUCAUGCUCUUCGAGAAAAACUAUAA